CUCCAAGGUAACUUCCAUGCGGUGUUACGUUAGCCAAAAGCAUGGAAUCAAAAAACAAACUACUGGAAGCAAGAUUAAAUAAUAUUUUAUCACCAUUAGGAUUUGAAUUGUACCCAUUUAAAGUCGGAUGGUACAACGAAAAAGUGGGUGAAGCAUAUGUCUUGCCUUACAACAGUGACACACUGGCAUUUUCAACAAUCAGUACACCUGACAUGUUUGAAAAGACAUUUAAACCAUUCAUCUUUGAACAGGACUUGUCAGGUACUCAGGAUCCCAUUGACCAAUGCAUGAUUCAUCACUUUAACUUAGUCAAACAGGAAUUCUUGGAGGAGGAGGUAGAAGUGAUCCAUGACUUCGAGAUGACGCCCAAUCGCCGCCCCAAAGUGUUGCUGCAGACGGCAGGUCACGUGUCGGGUGCCGCCUACUACUAUCAGCAAAACGACCUGAAGGAGAACACCUGGCCACAAAAAAAGAAAAUGUAUGGGGUGAGCAUCCAUCCAAGAUAUGGUGGCUGGUUUGCAUUCCGCCCUGUUGUGAUUUUCAAGAACAUCGAGUGUCCAGAUCUUGAGCAACAACUUCCUGAGGACUGUGUGCCUACGCAAGAACUGAGAAAAGAAUUACUUGAACGGAUUAACUUUCACUGGCAAGACUGGAGUUUCCGAGACAUUAUAGCUCCUGUCAAGAGAUAUUCAGAAGAACAAAAACUCUAUUUUCAAACCUUACCAAAGGACAGACAUGAACUCCUUGUGAAAAUGAAAAAGAAGCAUAUGUGUGGGGACUAAAGUUUGCUGCAUACAUAAUGGAACACCCAACACUUUACGGUGUUUAAUUUAUUAACAAGCAUAUAUAAAAUAUUCAGUCAUAA